AUGCGGCAUCUGGUGCUUUUGGCCGUAAUCUACGUGGCUCUAGUUUUGGCCAAACCGGCAACGGAGGCGCCUCGUCUUCUGAUCGACUCGGCGCCCUCGGUGGUCUCCUAUCAGGGAUCCUCCCAAGCGCAGACCCGCUUCGUCAUCGCACCAAUGGGUCGAUCUUUGGGUUAUGUGGAACCCACGAACCUUAAUCGAACUUUCCACACGAAGUCAACCCAAGAGGGAGGAGCCACGGGCUACGAGCAGCUGAAUCUGAGUCCAGUUUAUGUGCCCAACAGUUAGACAAUGAAGUGGUUUAGUUUAGGCUAGUUAAAUGUGUGAAUAAA